GUUUAUUUCCGGCGGAUGACGUUAGUAGGCGCUGUCGUGCUGUUGAGGCGAGGAGGAGAGUCGCAGGUAAAGAGAGGGAGCGAAGAAAGCAUCGCUUCCGAACGUUAUCUUACUGCCUGUCCACCGCGAACUAUCUGGCCCGUCUUCAGGCGUUUCGAUCCUGAAGCUAUUCCGCUUUGUGAAGAGAUCUGUGUGUUACAGGCAAUUACAAUGGAUGAAGAUUUUGUUGUCCGUGUCCGUGGACUUCCAUGGUCUUGCACUGCUGAUGAAGUGUUACGCUUCUUCUCAGAUUGCAAGAUAUUAAAUGGAACUGCUGGAAUACACUUCACCUAUUUAAGAGAAGGCCGCCCAAGUGGUGAAGCCUUUGUUCAGCUGGAAAGUGAGGAAGAUGUAAAGCGUGCCCUUGCAAAAGACCGGGAAAGUAUGGGCCAUCGAUACAUUGAAGUGUUUGAGACUAAAGCCACUGAAAUGGACUGGGCACUAAAACAUGCUAACCCUAACCAAACUGAGUCCACGAGCGAUGGAACAGUGCGCCUCAGGGGUUUACCCUUUGGCUGCAGUAAAGAGGAAAUUUUGCAGUUUUUCACAGGGUUGGAAAUCGUGCCAAAUGGGAUAACAUUGCCGGUGGACUACCAGGGGAGAAGCACGGGGGAAGCCUUCGUGCAGUUUGCAUCAAAGGAGAUAGCUGAAAAAGCACUGGGGAAACACAAGGAAAGAAUAGGGCACAGGUAUAUUGAAAUCUUCAGGAGCAGCAGAGGUGAGGUUCGAACUUUCCAUGAUCCUCCAAGAAGGUUAAUGGGUCAGCGACCAGGACCCUAUGACAGACCAAUGGGAGGUGGAAGAAGUGGCUACGGUGGUCCAGGGCCCAUGAGAGGAGACAUGUUUGACCGUGCACGUAGAGGAUCUGGCUAUGGUGGAGGUUAUGGCAACUUUGAUGAUUAUGUUUAUAAUGAUAACUACGGUUAUGGACGUGAUGCAUACGGACACAAUUCCAGAGGUGGUGGAAUGAUGGAUAGAGGUAUGGGCAGUCGUGGUUACGGUGGAGCAGGUGAUGCUGGUCCCCUGUUUCAGAAUGGUACAGGUCAUUACGUACAUAUGAGGGGAUUACCUUUCAGAGCUUCAGAAGGAGAUGUUGCUGAUUUCUUUUCACCGCUGAUUCCUGUAAAGAUAAACUUUGAAUAUGGCUCUGAUGGUCGGCUUACUGGAGAGGCUGAUGUUGAGUUUGCCACGCAUGAAGAUGCAGUUGCUGCUAUGUCGAAAGAUAAAGCUCAUAUGCAACACAGAUAUAUCGAAUUGUUCCUGGAUUCCACUGCAAACAUGGGAGCUGGGCCUGGUGGCUAUGGAAAUCAUAGAAUGGGUGCAAUGGGCAUGGGCAUGGACCAUUAUGCAGCAGGCACUCAAGGAGGCUAUGCUCAUAACAGUCAGGCUAUGGCCAAUAGCUAUGGCAAUAUGGGCAAUAGCUAUGGAUAUGGAAAUCCUGGAAACACACGUGGAUUUGGUUAUGGGGGUAUGGGAGGAGGUGGAUAUUCAGGCAAUCCAAAUCAGCACAUGGGAAUGGGCAACCUCGAUACAAGCAUGGCUGGAUGGAGAAUGUAAACUUAAAAUUAUGCUCAUCAGGCCAUGAGCCACAAGCUUCAAGAACCCAAACUCUGCCACAAUUUCAUAAUGGAUGACCAAUGCAGCAGCAUUGCUGUUUGUUUUUUCGUCUGAACCAAAAGCAGUAAUAUUUUUACUAAUAGAGCUACUUUGCAAUUCUUUUUAUUUUUUUACAUGUUUUGGUGUAAACAUAGAAAGCCCAUGUUGUCCAGGCUUGGGUAACUUUGUUUGAAGCUUCGGGUAUUAGACCUGAUGGAGAGUUUAAAACUUGUUUUGAUAAUUUUGGACUUGAGUGAAUGUGGCAAAUCAAAGUAAACAUCUAGUUCAAAGCCGCCUUUUGAUGAAUUCUUAAUUAUUUUAACUAAACAAAAUCUAACAUUAGAUCACCUUUUACAAAUAUUCUGAGCAAGUUGUGUGAUUGUGAAUACUUUUUUUACUUGGGUGAUACCAUUUUAAAAAUGAAACCAGGAGAGAUUUUGCUUCUGUUUCUAUGGUCUUUACCAGAGGAUCACCAACAAAAUGUCCACACUUUGUUCAAUUUGAGGUUGAAUGUCACAUGUAGAAAUGUGCGGUUAUGGACAUCUGGUGAACAUCUUUUACUAAUUUCUUUAUGAACCAUUUCUGUCCCAUUCAGUCACCAAUUAGACCACAACUGCACAUACUGUUCCAAGUUCAAAUUGUACGUCUUUUGGUUACCCUGUUCACUUCUGUUGCUCCCUCCAGCUAAUUUUAACAGCUACUUGCGAGAUUCUCAGUUGGCAUUUGUUUGUCUUCUGGAAUGCAGAUAUAGGGUGUUACAACAGUGUUGAGCUGUCAGUUCCUCCUGCUUGUAUUCUUGAGCGUUGCUAUUGGAAAUCCAAGCAAACGUUUUCUUCGGCAGUUGCUGUUGUUUUUUUUAAGUAUGUCUGUCUGGUUCACAUCGUUUUUAACCUUGAUUCUUAAUUUCUUGACUGUUAGCAAUGUAGUGUUACAAAUGAGAAGUGUACCUUGGUACCUUUUUUCCUGAAAGGUGGUUUUUUUGGUUGCCAUGCUUUGUUCAGUGGGACAUAUUGACUUUGACAAUUGAAUGUGCAGCUUCUGAAAUCUGUACUUUUUUCAGCAUAUGUGAAAGAUGACUUACUGUACAUUUCUAAUGGUGAAUAUAAUAAAGUGUAAUUUCAGAAA